AUGACCGCCGACACAGCUGCCCAGAGCAGCACCCCUCAACUCCCCUCACCCUCCGCCAUCACCGACGCUUCCUCUCCGUACCCCUUCGCAACGGCGCCAGAUAUCAUCCGCGCACACCAGAAAGAUGCCUACUUCCAGGGCGUUCUCUCGAACCAGCUAGCCGAUCUUCACCGACGCCUGCUGGGCGCCCGCUCCGCCCACGCCUGGGCCACCGAGUCGCGCACCGCGGCCGACCUCCUCUACCUCUCCCUCACAACCCUGCUCGGCAACCGCACGCUCGGCGAGGAGUACUGCGACCUCGUGCAGGUGCGCGCCGACACGCCCGGGCCCUCGCUGCCGUCGCUGCCGCGCCGCGCCGCCUACAUCAGCAGCAGCAUCCUGAUGCCCUACGCGCUGUCCCGCAUGCUGCCCUCUGUGCGGUCGACACUGCGCGCGCGGCUCGAGAAGCGGUUGGCACAUCUCUCGCGGCACCAUAGGACGGACGGCUGGGAGUACCGCUCGAAGCGCUACAUCCUCACACAUCUCCCGUCCAUCACGAGCGGCGCGCACGUCCACGCCGCGACGCUGGCCGUCUUCUACUUCAGCGGCGCAUACUACAGCCUGGCGAAGCGGCUGACGGGCCUGCGGUACGUCUUCACGCGGCAGGUCAGCGCGGAGGGGGACCGGGCGGGCUACGAGGUGCUCGGCGUGCUGCUGAUCGUGCAGCUCGCGGUGCAGGGGUACCUGCACGUGCGGUCGACGCUCGCGUCGGCGGCGGCGGCGGCGGCGCCCACGGGCGAGGAGGCGCUGGUCGAGGCCGCGAUCCGGGAGCGGGCGUUCGGGCCCCGCGGCGACCUGGAGGUGUCGCUCGACGAGAACAGCUACAGCAGCAAUAACGAGCUGCUGCCGGGCGCGCCGGGGGCCGCGGUCGCGGUCGCGCAGCGCAGCAAGGCGGCCAUCGGCGCGAUGGCGCACACGCCGGUGCCGGCGCACGAGCGCCCGCGCUACGACCUGGGCCGCGGCGCGGACGUCAUGGGCUGGAUCAAGGGAAGGCAGCAGCGCAAGUGCACGCUGUGCCUCGAGGAGCUGCGCGACCCGUCUGCCACGCAGUGCGGCCACAUCUUCUGCUGGAGCUGCAUCGGCGACUGGGUGCGCGAGAAGCCCGAGUGCCCGCUCUGCAGGAGGGAGGCGCUGGCGCAACAUAUCCUGCCGUUGCGGGUGUGUUGA